ACGAUCCACUGCGAUACUUUACGAAGAAUGUUCUCUUUAGCUGGAGGCAACAUAUUUAGUGAUAUCACAAGACCCCAGUUUUCGACGUGCUUCUCGCUUCAUUGGUUGUGUGAAUGUUUUGUUUAAUUUUGUCAUUCUUUUGGAAUAUAUUAUAAAGUAUAAUUUGUGUGUGAUUCCCAGUUAAUUGGAGUAUAACUCAAUCGGGCGACAAACAUCUAAAAUAAUCCACUAACAUGCCGAGUUUCCUUUCAAACCUAAGUGCCGAACAAACACGACUGACAAUAGGGCUUGCAGCUGGAAUUGGUGUAAUCACAAUAGCCGGAUUUGUGUAUUUGUAUAAAAAAUAUGGUCCAGAAGCACCUCCUCAAAAGUGGCGACGGGUGGGGGAAUUAAGUGAUCUGAUCUGCUACCCUAUAAAAUCCUGUGGACCUAUCAAAUUGAACAGUAUUGGAUGUGGGCAGAUCGGACUAGAAGAUGGAAACCUAAAAGAUAGAAUCUUCAUGAUAAUAACUACCAAUGGAGAAUUCAUCACUGGUCGUCAGCAUCCGAAGGUCACUUUGGUACAUCCUCGUAUCGAAAAAGAUAAAAUGAUGCUCUCAGCACCCGGCAUGAUGGAUAUUGAGGUGGACAUCAAACGACUGUACAAAGUGCCUCCCAUCAAAUGUAAAGUUUGGGGUCAGACCGUACAAGCUGUAGAUUGUGGCGAGGAAGUAGCACGUUGGUUCUCCAGAUAUGUUUUAUCAGAGGAUUUCGGAUUGAGAUUGGUAUUUUACCCCAGCUGUUUGCCAUCUAGAGAAGUUCGACCGAUUAAUAAAAAGUUUGAAACCAUGUUCUCCAGAGAUACUGGUGCAUUCCACGAUGCGACUAGCUUCAUGCUUUUCAACGAAAGCUCAGUCCAUGAUUUGAAUAAUCGAUUGAAUGAUCCUGUUCAGGUACUUAAUUUUCGACCAAACUUUGUUGUUAGGGGUCCUGGCCCCUAUGAAGAGGAUGCUUGGAAAUGGGUUAAAAUCGGCAAUGAUGUCAUUUUCAGAAAUAUUAAGCCAUGCACUAGAUGCAAAUUUACUACUGUUGACCCUGAAACUGGCACCUUCCGUGCAGAUGGGGAUCCACUGAAAACACUUACUGAAUAUCGAAUGUUUAAAGAUGCUGGAGUAACCCCAGUUCUGGGCAUACAUCUCGGAGUUCGUACUAAAGGCACUGUGUCAGUUGGUGACCCAGUUUAUGUAGAAGCCGACUGAGAAUGAAAUACUCUUAAUAAACUUAUUGAUUAUGGAUUUAUAAUACACCGAAAGUACUUUUGUAGAAAUUUUAUAUAUUA